AUGUCCAAUUUCGAACCUAAUGCCAUCCUGCGCGGAGCGCAGCUCACCGUCGUGGGAACUCUUCGAGCCCUCGGUAAUCCUGAGCUUUUUAAGCACAAACAUUUUCGCCAGGCAGCACUUGCUGUGACUGUGGGCAUUGUCAUUCAUUUAAUCGUCCAGAUUCCGAUCAUUGCCAUCAAGCUCGUUAUCUGGGUUGCCUCCUUGGUUUCUGACCUUGACCAUGCCACCUGGGACGACAAAGUCAUAGGAGGACUGGACUUCAUCUCGCACUCCGUCCUCCAGGUUCCGUUCUUACUGAUGACUUUGAUGCGAUAUAUCACUCCAACACUCGAUGAAAUCUUCAUGGAGUCGCUAAAGUGGGUGGACUCGACUUACAUUCAAAAGCAUGAAUCGGAAGAUCCCAGAGUCCUUCGAGCGAUGUACUAUCCGAAUCUCGUCAUGUACUCCACCAAGGGCACUUCUGGGCCUUCCGGCACAUCCAAGCCGUUUCCACAGGCUCUGAUGGCUUUUUUUAAUCGAUACUCUCGCAGGGUUGCAUUGUGGCUGGGCAUAUACGUGCUUUCCCUGCUUCCUGUUGUUGGGCGAUUCGUGAUGCCCGCAAUGAGCUUCUACACAUUCAAGAAGGCAGUGGGGAUUGUUCCAGCGGCGGUUAUUUUUGGAUCAGGGCUUAUCCUACCGAAGGAGGUUUUGGUUGUCUUCUUGCAUUGUUACUAUGCCUCACGGAGCUUGAUGCGCGAGCUCCUCGAGCCCUAUUUUUGUCGCAUUCGCUUUAACAAAGAGCAGAAACGAAAAUGGUUCAUGGACCGUGAAGGUGUCCUUUUUGGAUUCGCAUUCGCCUUUACCAUGCUUAUCAAGAUCCCACUCAUCGGGGUUCUGAUGUAUGGGAUUGCGCAAGCAUCGACUGCAUACCUCAUCACCAAAAUCACGGACCCGCCACCACCACCUGCACACAGUGAGGGAUUUGCGGAAAGUCAAGUGGCAUGGAAAAACAAACAUCGCUUCUUGCAGUUGUCAUUGGACAACCUGGACCAGUUCAACAUCAAAACUAGCGAACCCGAAACUGGCAGAGGGGAGACGAGCAUAAGCCCGGGAAGGAAGUUUCUGUAG